AUGUCGUCGCCUUCUAUUGCAGACGCGUUUUGGGCAGCGCCACCAAUUGCUAGAACUCUUACUGCAGCCACGCUCGUCCUGUCUGUCAACUUUUGGCUCCUACCAAUCAUCAGCCCCUACCGCUUUAUCUUCGUGCCUCAGUACGUGUUCAAGCUAUGGAUACCUGAAGUUUGGAGACUCGUGACGGCCUUCUUCAUCACCGGCCCAUCGCUAGGCAUGAUUAUGGAUCCAUACUUCCUCUUCACAUACUGCAAGGCUUUGGAAGUUGAUUCAAGCCGCUUCUCUCAACCAGGCGAUCUGUUUGUCGCACUGGUCUUCAUCUGUAGCAUCAUCUUGCUUCUCACAGGCAUCGUCUUUGGCGGAGGAUUGCUCAUGGGUCCGCUUCUUCUUGCCCUCGCCUAUCUGCAUGUGCAAGAUGCUCCAGAUGCCAUGAUGACUUUCUUCUUCUUCAGCAUCCGUCGCAAAUAUCUGCCCGGUUGUAUGUUGCUGGUUGCCUUCCUCAUGGCAGGUCCUCAAGAAGCUCUUAAGCAGGCUUUUGGUCUUGCCGCCGCCCACAUGUACGACUUCUUGACCAGAAUUUGGCCUUCUUAUGGAGGUGGCACCAACCCACUCAGCACACCACAGAUUGUGCAGCGUUGGUUUGCCAGACCUGCAGGCGCAAGUACCACACGCUCGUAUGGUACUGCCUUCCAGAGUCGUCCUUCUGGCUCCGUCGGCGCUCAGGUCCAGGCAGGUAACUCAAGUGGUGGUACUUGGACCAGUGGCUUCACCUCUGGUUCGUGGGGCUCUCGUGGUCCAGGUAGAAGACUUGGCUGA